AUGCUCCUUCCUACAAUGAUCCUAGAUUUUCUGAAGCUGGUGGAUGAUGAACCCACACGACCGACGUUUCAGUCCGUCCGAUCUUGGGGCUGUAAGUUCGGCCUGGUUUCGCCUGACGUUGGGGACUUGACGUAUCGUCUUGAUCGAUCUGCGCCGGUCAUCAGGCUUCCACUUCCUCUGCAACACAGCAACUCGACGACCCAACCGAUGCUGCCCUCCCCGACAUCGCUCGGUGAUCAGGCCUCAGGUGUUAGCUCCCCCUCCAUAAUUUCCAGCAGAGCAUCAACCGCGCUCCACGCACGAGGCAGGGCGAGGGACGUUGCCGUCAUGCUCGUAUUUACUCCAUCCCGCCAUCGCCCAUCGAGUCAUGGAUCGUUCCGUCGGCCAAAUUGGGGCCUCGCUUACAGAGCUGGGUUGAUCAGCGACCGUCUGAAGCGACCCACGGCGUUCCCUGCUUUCCGCCCCAGACUUCCCCCUCAACGACCCAAGCUCCUACAGCGACGACCCAUCCAGCCCAGUUUCAUCUCGAUUCCGGCCGCACAAGACCAGAUCCUGAUGCUUGGGGGCCUUGCCAAGUUUCCCGUCUCCGUCUCUCCCCAGCCGUGUGGGCAACUCACCUCAGACGCUAUCGACUUCCCACUUCCCGAAGGCUUCCCUGGACCGGGACUGGGAGCCCCCAAGUUCCCCAGCCCCCUGUCAAACCUUGAUCAUCCUUCUCUGCCUGCCAUCUCGUAUCCCCUCGAUUGUCCCAUGUACCCCAGUCUCCACUCUCCCACACUUUUCCCGCCAUCGCCAUCCACGGCCCAGGGCUCGAAUCUCUGUUUUGAUGUACUCGGAUGGUCCUACCUGGAUGUAAUUUCCACCAAUCGCCAUGAUCUUGAGAUCGUCUAG